ACUUCCCCCAAUUUCAACCCUGGCGUGGGGCGGUGGAUGCUAUUGACCUGGAAUAUUGUAAGAUGCACCGUUGUAUUUUGUGCUUCUCAUUUCGAUAAUGUAUCUCUAAUGGUUCGUGUGGGAUACAACGGAGUCCUAUGAAUUGACGUUUUUGCUUGGAUUUUACUUUGAUUGCUAUUCUUUUCUGGAUCGUGCCAGUGUAGGCGACAGCGGACGGAACGAUUGCGGGCUCUGAUUUGCCCUGUGAUUGCUGACACAGAAAACAAGCUAGGGAGCCAUGCCGUUACUGAGUAACCCUGGAGACGCUUGAUUGAUCAUGAUGAAGACCGAACCCUCGUCCGCGAAGACGGCCAACACCACCACGCUCCGCAGCCCGUCCCCGCACCGCAACGCGUACGAGGCGAGCAUCCAAGCGCUGAAGCCGGCCAACGACAUCCUGAACAGUGCCGCCAACGGAGAUGCCCAGGAUGGGAAGCAGAAGCAGUCGAGCCGCGGCCGCACGUACGGCUCCAACGUGCACCGCAUCAAAAACAUGUUCAUGCAGAUGGGAGCCUCCUCGCCGACGGAGGGGGAGGAUCCGGUCAAAGAGACUGAGAUCAAGCCCGUGCGUCUCACCCUUCCCCGCGCUGGAAGCCUGAACGAAAACGUUGACCACAGCGCACUACUGAAACUGGGCGCCACGGUCUCUGAGCGGGUCAGCAAGUUCGACCCGAAAGCGGAAGGUGGCCAGCAGCGAGGUGCCUCCUCCCCCUCCUCCUCCGCAUCCUCCAGCUUCUCCAAGCUGCAAGAGACGCGCAAGAUCUUCGAGCAGCAUCAGCAACAGGAGAAACAGGCCGCCUCUAACCGCGUCCUGCUGAAGAAGGAGCGGGUCGCGGGGAUUCAAGACGGGCGGCUGGACGUUGUGGCCCGGUUCAACGGCAGCACCGAGUCGCUGGACAGCCUCGACGCGGCGGUGGGCGGUGCUACCGAGGCCGUGUCGCCCACCGUGAGCCAGCUGAGCUUGGUGUUCGAGCGGGCCACUGAGCUGCGGCACAACCUGCACCGCCUCUCGAACACGCCGCCGCUGCCGUCGCGGGGCGUCACCGCCAAACCCAGCGCCCUCAACUCCAAAGUAAUUUCCAAACGGGUCCGGAGCUUGCCCGCGGCGUGUUCCAACAGAGAAGACGGCUCGAAUCAGCAAGAUGGGCAAGAUGGGUCGAUUAAACACCGUGGAAAGGGACCCACACAAAACCAGGGCUCCAUCACUACGGACCGGUCCACCUCAGCAGGCCAGGCAGCCAUAGAUGGAUCCCAGAGAUGUGAGUCUGAGUGGGCUGAGAACGGCACCGGUGUGACCUCCAUGCCACCAGAGGGUAAAGCACAGCAGACCUCCGGCGUCAACACCAGAGGGACCAGAGGCAGUCACAGCCCUGUAGAGAAUGGCAAGGAGGCCUCGGACAGGGACUCUGCCCAGGAUGGGCACCACGGGCCUGGGGAGGGAGAAGACGGGGAGCGGGGCGGGGUGGGGAGGUCAGCGCGGGGUCGGAGGCGCAGAGGAGAGAGCGAGGAGGAGGCUGAGGAGGCGCAGAAGGAGGACUACUCUGGCGGCGACACACUGGACAUCAGUGCUUACAGCGCAGCCGGGGAGGAGUCCGCAGGCAGCGAGGAGGAAGAGGAGGAGGAGGAGGAGGAAGACGAGCCCUACGAGCCGGAGUCCAGCUGCACGGAGAUCCCGGGCCUGCCCGCCGAGGACGAGACGCCCCCCAGUCGCAAGCUCCGCUUCAGCACCAACCCCAUCCAGGUCUUCACCACGUAUUGUAAUGAGGACUAUGACAGGCGUAAUGAGGACGUGGACCCGAUGGCUGCAUCUGCGGAGUACGAGCUGGAGAAGCGAGUGGAGAGGCUCGAUCUGUUCCCUGUCGAGCUGGAGAAAGACAGCGAUGGCCUGGGCAUCAGCAUCAUUGGGAUGGGAGCUGGAGCCGACAUGGGCCUGGAGAAGCUGGGCAUCUUCGUCAAGACUGUCACAGAUGGAGGGGCCGCUCAUCGGGAUGAACGUAUCCAGGUGAAUGACCUGAUCGUGGAGGUGGAUGGAACCAGUCUGGUCGGAGUCACUCAGACUUUCGCCGCUUCUGUCCUAAGGAACACGUCAGGAAGCGUCCGGUUUCUGAUUGGCCGUGAGAAGCCAGGCGAGCAGAGUGAGGUGGCCCAGCUCAUCCAGCAGACUCUUGAGCAGGAGCGCUGGCAGAGAGAGAUGAUGGAGCAGCGCUACGAGAACUACAUGGGCGAUGAGGACGAGGCUGGCGACUAUGGCACUGAUGAAGAGGAGGAUGAUGAAGAGGAGGAGAUGAGCCCCGGGUACCCCAGCGCCAUCGAGGUGUUUGACCUGGCCGAGAACGAGGACAUGAUGUCACCGCUGGAGAUGGACCCAGAGAAGCUUGCACACAAGUACAAAGAGCUCCAGAUCAAGCAUGCUGUGACUCAGGCAGAGAUCCAGCAGCUGAAGAGGAAGGUGUCUCACGCGGACCAGGAGAAGCAGCGGUGGCGCGGUGAGAAGGCCCAGCUGGAGCGGAGCCUCACAGACAACCGUGAGCGCAUGGAGAAGCUGGAGGGCUACUGGAUGGAGGCCCAGUCGCUGUGCCAGGCCGUGGACGAGCACCUCAAGGAGACGCAGGCCCAGUACCAGGCCCUGGAGCGCAAGUACAGCAAGGCCAAGAGGCUCAUCAAGGACUACCAGCUGAAGGAGAUAGAGUUUUUGAAGAAGGAGACGGCCCAGCAGAGGACAGUGGAAGAGGAAGAGGCAGAGGCAGAGGCAGAGGCAGAGGCAGAGGCAGAGGCUUCAGACCAGGAAGAGGCAGAGCAGCUCCAGGACAAGGUACCUGAUGCACCUGAGGUGGAGGAACCCAAGGCAGGAGCCUCCUAAAGGCAGGAGUGUGUGCUUCAGUGAGGAGACCACGCUGUCCCACUACGUUAAUGAGGGCCAACACAACACUACUCUACUACUCUCUCUCUCUCUCUCUCUCUCUCUC